CGCUACAGUACAUACAUGUAGGGAACGCUAAACUCGCUUUAAUUCUGGUGGUGUGUAAGGAGUAGUACGGAUAUAUUUGACACCUAGGGAAUCCGUUAAAGGAAAGCAUUACAUUAUUCAAGGAAGGUUCCGUAACUAAGCCGUUCAAGGUCACAGAGUACUAAUAAGAGAAUUCCAUUACUGUCACCAUCAUGGGAUACACGGAACGGCUGAUAUCCUGUUUCAUCAUUCUCACGUGUUCUUCAACAGUUCGAGCACAGUGUUCCGGGUCACCCACGGAUAUCACUAUAUCAACCUAUGAAAUAGGUUCAUUUACGUAUCCAAGCAGCGGGUUGUACACACAAAACCUGAACUGUGCCUGGUUACGGAACCCAUCCGGUUCAAACAGUGAAGACUUUCUUAUGUAUGUGUCGAUUACCCAGUUUACAUCUAACGACAUACUCACCAUUUACGACGGCACGAACAACACGGGCUCCAAUGUGUACACUUCUCCUAAUGUGGGCACAUCAAGUCUAAGCUUUACCCUUGUCGCCACUUCCGGAAACGCCUACAUCACUUUUGUAUCUGAUAGUAAGGCGGAUGCCAAACAGCUUGGUUUUACCAUCCAGUACAUGACAGCAUCGUCCGAUUCCGCGGAAGGUUGCAGUUCACCUGCGAGUUUAACAGCUACGGACACGACACAAUACCUGACGAGCGACAAUUUUCCAUCAAAGUACUCCAAAGACAGCAACUGCACUUGGUCGAUAAGCUCACAGGAUAGCUGUGGAAGUAUCGUAUUAGAUUUCAUCUAUAUCGACAUAGAGUCGGAUAAGGACUGUACCUACGAUAGAUUAACAGUCACAUACGACGGAAGUUCACAGCCAAAUAUUUGCCCUACGAAUGACUGGAAUUCCGCAUCCGACCACAGCACGACGGGUACAUCAGCCAGCAUAAAUUUGGUGUCAGAUGACGGCCAGGAACAUCAUGGAUUCGUGAUGUCUUAUACCAGAACAGGUUGUACAACAACAACAUCAACAACAACAACAACAACAGCAGCAGCAACCACAACAACAACAGCUGCUGCUACUACCACCACUGGCAAUUUGGCUCUUGUUAGUGAUGGGGCGCCCACUGCUGGAAUGAUUGCAGCCGGCUCGGUAGCAGGUGUGGUAGUUGUGACUGUUACCGCCGCAGGCGUCGUACUUUUGUUAAAGGCAAAAGGUGUCGUAGGCACAGCGGCUGCUCCAACCCGGUAUAACAUAUGAUGUAGAUGAUAUUAAACAAGGGAUUGUCCCACAACAAACCAAGCAGAGGCUGGAAACGGAAUUUAGUGUGACUGAUAUGGAGAUGGUUCUGGCUAUACAUGUAGUCUUAUAAACAACAUGGCAGCCAUGCAUACUAUUUGCAAUAUAAUUCAGAUUCAUAUCAACUUCUAUCAUUUGGAUUAUAAUCAUACGUUUCAAAUAUAAUGAGCCCGACAAAAAUACACUUUUCGGAUUGGUUCAAAACCUGAGAUAGUCAUCAUCUUGGAAAACACAUUUGUAACUUGCUGUGAAUGUUGUCCAGUAAGGCCCAUGGGGCUCGUAUUGACGCAUCAUAUACCAUUUUAGCAUCAGUAUAUAUAGUGGCCAAUCUGGAUUAAACAGCUUUGAGCUUCGAGGUGAGUGAAUGGCAAUUUGACGGUCUCAUGACGUCGAACAUGUGUCUAAUCGCGAAACAAGCGUGCAAGGCAUAUUUUAUCAUAAAGAUGGAUAUUUGGUGAUUUAUCUGUUUUUCAGGACUGUGAUAUAUAUUUCUUUUCGUAAAACUCACUGUUAAAGCUGGAGACACCAGUGAAAUUAUCAUAUUUAGAUAUAACUGAUGGCUGUUCAACAUUCCUAUACAUCACUAAUGUGUUUCAAAAUGAAAAACAAAUACACAAUAUUUAUUUGAAUCGGAGAAAUCUGCAUAAACAUGCAAGCACAACACAUAUAAAUGCCCUGAAAUAAUUUCAUCUGAGCUUUCUCUAGUUUUGAAACUUGUGACUGGCUUGUUGACAAUUAGCUAUUAUUAUACCUGGGAUAAAUAAAACACAAAAAGUAUCCUUUAAAUUAAUGCGAAGACUAAAGGAUAAAUUUCAAGGUUCGAGCAAAGGUCAAAUUAUGAAUUAUCAUUCGAUUAUAAAGUAUCUUGAAGAGAUGAUUGGCUGAUUUCUGGGAGCGAAGAUGUCUCAAAUAGCAUAUAUAUAUACAUGAAAAGAAAACAAUCAGAGAGUAAAAUUCCUUUGUCUAUCAAAAAAAUCAAGAAACACGGAGCUAUAAUACAAUGUCAUUUUGAUUAUGUAUGGUCUUCUUUGUGUGCGGUUGUUUGUAAAUAACAUGAAAACUUACAAUUUGUACAUAAUAUCCAAAAAGAAAUAGUCCGUUGUUUUGGUCUUAUAUAACAGGACAAGAAAUACAGUAGCUGAGCUAUAGCAAAUGGGUACAUUGUAUGUUCGAUGUAGAACACAGAAUGUAAAUAGUAAUAUUGAUAAUGAAAUACUUAUAAUAAUUAAACACUAUAUAUAAAAUGCGUUGUCUUCAUAACUCCAUAAAUAUAAGUACAUUGGUUAACUCAAUCAAGGACUACCAUUAUAUACAAAAAGUUAUAGCGAAUACAAAAGGAGAUACUUAUAGGGAAAAGUUUAAAAAGGAAUGGAAAAAUGGGAAAAACUUAUUGCUUUGUAAUAGUAUUGACAGUUGUCUCCUGGGUGUUGAAAUAUGUCUAACUCUGUAUUUUUCAUGUAAAUUAGUUAUUCAUAAUUUCAUAACAUUGUGAGUUGAGUUCUGAAACCAAUAGUCCAUCCCCUCUCUCUGUCUGUCUGUCUAUCUUUGUCUCUCUCUUUCUGUCUCUCUUUAUCUCUGUCUCUGUCUCUCCUUGUGCAUAUACUUUUGUCAUUUGUCCAUAAUCUGGAAUUAGUAGGUUUUUACCUUUUUCUUUUGUUUGCGAUUAUCCCUACUCCCGACUAAGUUAUUUGUUUUUCCCUCUUUUUUCUCGGUGUGUGUAUAUGUAUAGUAUGUAAGUGUAAGUAAGGAUGAGUGUGAGUGUGUAUAGAAUAUGGGUGUAGAGUGAUGUGUUAAAUAUAUAUCUGCAAUAAAACAAAUGUAUGUACUUAAAUCUUAUAUAAUAUGAAAUCAAUUGAACUGAUGAUAAUUGAUGAUGGUAUGUCUAAUCAAUUGAUGAUGGUUAUGAUGAUGAUGUUGAGUUCAUAUAAACAUGGUUUAAAGUUUUUAUGUGAUAUUCAAUUUUCUGGUACAGGAUGCUAGUAGUUGAUUGGAUGAUGAUAAUGAUGAUGAUGAUGAUGUAAUAUGUUGUUGAUGAGUUGAUGAUGAUGAUGAUGAUGAUGAUGAUGAUGAUGAUGGUGAUGAUCCAUUUAAAAUGACGAUAAUGUCCUCAAUAUAUGUAUUCUCGCCGAAAACAACACAUGGGUACAAAACAGAAAAUCAGAAUUUCACGAAAAACGACAAACAAACAAAACAUCAAAAACAAAGACAAAACAUUUCAGCUGCGAAGAAUUAGAAAUCCCAGGUCAAGAUCAUAUAAACAUACCGCAGUUAAUAUACAUGUACGUUAAAACAAUCAAUGCAAACAAAUGAUGAUGUCUGGCUACGUUUUAGCAUAUACACAUGUAAAAGUUUGGAUUCACUUUUUACUAUCUAGUUACAAAUCAUACUAUACACACCCAGAGAAGCGAUGACACCGGUCGAGCAUGGUAGAGAUACCCUUAACUCACUGAAAGCUGGACUUAGUCAUUACACAAUCAUUUGAUAUAAAAAAAAAACCAAAUAAAUCACUUCUUCCAAGUCUU